GGGCUAGGAGUCACUCGACCAGCUCCCUUUAUGCUUCAUCAUCUCAAUCCUUUUCAAAUAGCAAGCUUUCUACUUUAUAAUAGGUCUCCAAUACCUCAGCCAUCAAUAGGAUCCUUGGAUUCAGAUCUUCAAUUUCGGUUUCCAUGGGGUGGUUCAAGUCUUGAAGAUACAAAGCCAAAUGGUCAUAGAUUUGCUGGGCCUUGGUCCUUCUUUCCGUUUAUCCAAACCCUUUAUGAAUCUCUUGGUCCUGGUAUCGAAAGAUUACUUCCUCCUUCUUAA